UCAACAUCGAUGGGCGCUGUUGCCGGUGGCUCUUGUGCCAGUUUUAAUUUAUUUUUAAAGCAAUAAGUGAUUUUUUUCUACUACAAAAUUGAACAAUUGUACAGACAUCUCAAUAUGCCGCCAAAGAGCUUAACUGUUCUGCUGCCGGGCCUCAAGUGGCUGCAGGGCUACACGGCGCAGGAUGCGGUAGCGGAUCUGAUAGCGGGCAUUACCGUUGGCCUAACGGUGCUGCCGCAGGGCUUGGCCUACGCAACGCUGGCGGGCCUGGAGCCGCAGUACGGCCUGUACUCAUCAUUUGUGGGCGGCAUUGUGUAUGCGCUGCUGGGCAGCUGUCGCCAGGUGACAAUUGGACCGACAGCGUUGCUGGCGCUAAUGACCAGCCGGCAUACAGGGUUCGGGCUGGACUCGGGCCCGGCAUAUGGCAUAUUGCUGUGUCUAAUCUCCGGCGUGGUGGAGCUGGCAAUGGCUGUCCUUAAGCUGGGCGCAUUGGUGGAUCUCAUUUCGUUGCCCGUAACCGUGGGCUUCACCUCGGCCACAGCUGUCAUCAUUGGCACCUCACAGUUGAAAGGUCUGUUGGGGUUGCGCGGCGGCUCUGGCUCGGAUUUUAUCAAUACCAUGCGGAGCGUAUUUGGCAAUCUGCAUCAGGUGCGUCGUGGAGAUCUAACACUGGGACUAGUCUCAAUCCUUGUGCUUCUGCUGCUGCGCAGACUGAAAAACGUCAACCUGGCGAACCGUAUACACAAUUUGCGGGCUCAGCAGCUUCUAAGCGGCAGCAUUUGGGUUGCCUCCACCGGACGCAAUGCUCUCGUGGUGCUCAUCUCCAGUGGCCUGGCUUAUAGCCAGUGUAAGCAUUUAGACGCCUGCCCCUUCAUACUCACGGGCAAGGUGAAGAGCGGUUUGCCGAGCUUGGCGCUGCCGAAAUUCGAGACCAGGAUACUGGGCAAGAACGGCACCGAGGAGACACAGGACUUUGAGCAAAUGCUGUCGGAUCUGGGACCAUCCAUGCUGAUAUUGCCCAUUAUUGCGGUGCUUGGCAAUGUGGCCAUUUCGAAGGCAUUCGGCGGCGCCGGGCUAAGUCCCACGCGAGAGCUGGUUGCGCUCUCGUUAAGCAACAUUUGCGGCGCCUUCUGCAGCUCCAUGCCGGUAACGGGCUCCUUUUCGCGCAGCGCCGUCAAUCAUGCGAGUGGUGUUCGCACGCCCAUCGGCGGCUGCUACACCAGCCUGCUGGUGCUGCUGGCUCUGGGUCUGCUGGCGCCAUACUUUCAGUAUAUACCCAAGGCGGCGUUGAGUGCUGUCAUCAUUUCGGCUGUGAUAUUUAUGAUUGAGUUUGAGGUCAUCCGGCCGCUGUGGCGCUGCAGCCGGCGUGAAUUGCUGCCCGGCGCCAUUACCUUUGUCAUGAGCCUGGCUGUUGGCGUUGAGAUUGGCCUGCUGUUGGGCGUCGGCACUGAUGUGGCCUUUCUCGUUUACCGUGCGGCGCGACCCGUGCUAAGCGUGUCCAAGUUGCAGACAAUCAACGGCAUUAGCUACAUUCUGAUACGACCCAAGCAUAGUUCGCUGUAUUUUCCGGCCAUCGAGUGGGUUCGUUCUGGCAUCUCUAAGGCGAUCUCCACACACGGCACUGCACCCGUUGUCCUCGACUGCGCGCAUGUGCAUGAUGUCGAUUUUACCGCCGCACGCGGUAUGGGCAGCCUGCACAAGGAGCUGGCUAAGGCAAAUGUGCCGCUGUUCCUAAUGAGCGCUCACAAGGAUAUUAGCGUCAUACUGAAGGAGUCUACAAACAUUGAUUUUCCCACGAUAGAGUGCCCAAACGAUUUGGAGUGCAUACUGGAGCAAACGCCCGACUAUGAGCUGCACCUACAAGUGACAGCGCCGCUCGUGGAGUCGAAAAUGCUGCAGAACGCCGAUGAAAAAGCAACUGAACUAAGUAAACUGAAUUCAAAGAGUACGUGAAUAUAUCGAUGCAUUUCUUAUAGAACUACCGAAGCGGAAUUGUAUACGAGAAUGUGGCUUCAAUGCACAAAGAACUAAUACUUUUAAUAAUGCAAAAUCAAACUGCUUUUGUACCUAUUCCUAAGAAUUGUGUUCUUAUCUGUUAAUCAUCAUAUCCCACUUGAUCAAUGUCAUUCCCAAUUAUUCCUUAAAACAAUUUCAAAGUCGAAUAACCUAUUGUUAAUUGUAUAUAUUAGUUAUGUUUUAAUGCAAAUAUGCUGAGUUAGUUUAAGCAACGAUAAGUUUUAAAUGUUCUAAUGCUGUAAGUAACUCAUGACACGCAUGGGUUCACAAAAGAGAUCCAUUUCAUUUGGUAUAUAUAUUGUUAUUGUUAUUGAAUAGAUUAUUUAUACUUGUAUAUUAAAACUGUAUACAUC